GGGCCUGAUCGAGCUUGACGCCUAGCCGCGCCCCUGCGUUACAGUGAUUGGAAAAGGUCCAAUCGAAUGUUCCGAUCCAUAAAGGUCGAAUCAAAUCAUCCUAUCCAAAGUUGAAGCGCAUAUUUCAUUCCAAAUGAUCAGACAAAGCAUGUCACUUUAAGGUCGAUAUUGCUAAGAAUAGGUGUCCAUUUCGCUGGUGUGCGAUUGAUUGCUGGCUGGCUGGCUGGCGGGCUGGCUGGCGGGCGGGCUGGCUUGUUCGAAAUCAACUGGUGCAUCACGACGCCAUUGAUUCCCCAAAAGUGUCGUUACAGGGGGGCGUUUUUUGGUUUGGGCAUUUUCCCCCACCAUCGGCUAUUGAAUUUUAACCCCUUUCCAGCAUCAGCAGCGGCAGCACAGCCAGCCAGCCAGCCAGCCAGCCAGCUGGAGGUCCGGCUUAAACCCUGCGCUUGUCCUUCUUGGUGUGUUUUUAACAGGGGCUUGAAGGGGAGAGCAGCAAAACCACAUCGAGACAGCCAGCUCAGCUCUGCUCAGCUCAGCUCAGCUCUGCUCUGCUCUGCUCAGUUCUGCUCUCAUCUGGCGUGUCCGCUUCAGAAGCAACGAGGGCGCGCUUAUCUCGUGUGCGUGCGUGCCAGAAAAAACAGGAUGUCAGCCAGAGGGGGGAAAAAGAAGGUGACCAAGCUGUCCCGCUCAGCCCGGGCAGGGGUCAUCUUCCCCGUCGGCCGAAUGAUGAGGUACCUGCGCGCUGGCACACACAAAUAUCGCAUUGGCAUGGGGGCGCCAGUCUACAUGGCAGCAGUCAUCGAAUAUCUGGCAGCGGAGAUUUUGGAGCUGGCCGGAAAUGCCGCAAGGGACAACAAAAAAGGCCGAAUCACGCCGAGACAUAUUAAGUUGGCCGUGGCCAACGACGAGGAGCUCAACCAGCUUCUUCGGGGCGUGACCAUAUCGAACGGAGGGGUUCUGCCUCGCAUUCACCCGGAGCUUCUCUCCAAGAAGCGAGGAAGCCGAGUCAAAGCCGACAGCCAGGCCGAGAAGCGGGAAUCGGCCCGCGCCGCAAGCCCCAAAGCCUCGAUAAAGGUUAAAGGCAAACGAGGGCGAAAAGCAAAGAGCACAGACAACGACAAAGAAUCCGUCCCCAACUCCACGGUGGAAGAUGGCCCAGGGGACGGCUUUACCAUCCUCUCGGCCAAGAGCCUGUUGCUUGGUCAAAAGCUGUCUCUCACAGUGACCGAAGUGGGCAAAAUCGGAACCAUCAAGGUGGAUGCUAUCAUUAACCCUACAAAUGCAGAGAUGGACCUCAAAGACGGUGUAGGCAACGCUUUGGAGAAGGCAGGAGGUCAGGAAUUCCUGGAGGGCGUCAAGGAGUUACGGAAAGCACAGGGACCUUUGGAGGUGGCGUCAGUGGCAGUGAGCCAGGCCAGUGGAAUGAGCGCCCGCGUCGUCAUUCACUGCAAUGUUCCUCAGUGGGGUUCAGACAAGUGUGAAGAGCAUCUCGAAAAGACGGUGGAGAACUGCCUCUCGGCCGCAGAGGAGAAGAAAUUCAAGUCUUUGGCUUUCCCCUCACUCCCUGCUGGACGGAAUGGAUUCCCGAAGCCCACAGCUGCCCAGCUCAUCCUCAAGGCCAUCUCCAACCACUUUGUGUCAUCCACCAACUCCUCUUUGAAAAAUAUAUACUUUGUGGUGUUUGACAGCGAGAGCAUCGGAAUAUACCUUCAGGAAAUGGCCAAGUUGGACUCCAAGUGAGAGGACCCGUGAGGAUUUUUCUCGCUGGCCGCUGCCGACCGAUGAAAAGUACAUCCUUGUUUUAUCUUUCUUUGCAUCCUUUCCCUCCCUACUUGAAGUUCAUCAUUCAAAUGUAAAUAUCCAUCCAAGUAGAGAGAGGAAAAGGGGAUCCGAACCAGCUAUUCAAAGCUACCUUUUCCACACAGGGCCAGGUAAGUGUAAAGAUUUGGUUUGCCCCUUACGUCCAUCAAAUCACCAUUUGCACUGCAUUUCUUCUAUUGACAUUGGUUGGAUGAUCGUCAAAAAGGGAAAAUUGAAAAAAGGAACAAUUGGAGAGAGAGAGAGAGAGAGAGAGAGAAGAGGAUGCUUUAUUUUAGUUCAUUUUUUGGUUUUAGCAGGAGUGGCUCCAAGUGAAAUCUAUAAGCUGUAUGUUGCUGUCCCUUCGAGAUUUGAAGUCCCUCAUUUAGGUUGCAGUGUUGUCACAUUCCAUGUCCAACUCAAAGUUAUUUCUGGGCUUUGGUAGUUUCUGAUACUGGCAAAACGAAUGGGCUUCUCAUUUUGCUUUGAAAUAAAAGGUUUGACACCA